GCGCCUUCCUGCCUCUCCAUUUCCGCACGGAACCUGUACAGGGGCUUUGGCGGUUCCAUUGAGACGGCCUGUUUGGAAGCGCGCUGUUUUCAGGCAGUCGAAGGGCAUCACAGCUGGGUUCCAGGACGUCUCCUCGUUGGGGUGGAGUGGAAACCUUUAAGAUGCAGCCUGCUCAGCGCCCGUUUUCCUUUGAGGAGGUGGCCGUGCGUUUCACCAAGGCCGAGUGGGUGCUGCUGACUCCUGACCAGAGAGCUUUGUACAGAGAAGUCAUGCUGGAGAAUUAUGGGAACGUGACCUCUUUGGCUAAUCCUACGCCUGGCCUCAUCUCCUGGCUUCAGGAAAGGGAAGCACCAUUUCCCUCAGACCCCAAAGAAGAGAGGUCGUCAGGUCAUAGGCAGGAUGAUGAGAAUUAUAGCAAGCGAUGUGGAAUGUCUUUCAAAGUGACCAGCCGCAAGGUGGAGGGAGAGCCUCUGAGGAAUUCAGAACAGUCCAAGAGGCAGGAGGAAAACAAAGCAGAGAACUCAGGGAAUCCCUCUGUAGUUCUCCAGGCUGACACCCUCCUUGAAAAUCCACCUCAAGAAGAACAUGGCAAAGGAAAAGGGAGGAAGAAACGUUCCGAAAGCAAAGCAGUCUUGAGACGUAAAUCCGACUUGUCUUCCCGUCAGCGAAUCCAUGCACAGGGUAAAACGUACAUAUGCUCUGAAUGUGGGAAGGGUUUUAGCAGGCUUGCAAACCUCACUUCUCAUCAGAGAAUCCAUGUGAGGGAUAAACCCUCUAGGAAAUCAGAGUGCAAAAGCAGUUUUGGUCUGAGUAAAACCCAUCCUUCCCAUCAAAGAACCCACGUGGAGCAAAAACCAUGCCAGUGCUCAGAGUGUGGCAAGAGGUUCAACUGUAACAGCGCUCUGACUUUGCAUCAGAGAAUCCAUUCAGGGGAGAAACAAUAUAAAUGCUUGGAAUGUGGGAAGAGCUUCCGCUGGAGUUCAAACCUCGCUACCCAUCAGAGAAUCCAUUCAGGGGAGAAACCAUAUAAAUGCUUGACAUGUGGAAAGAGCUUUACUGUCAGUACAAGCCUCACUUCACAUCAGAGAUUCCACACAAAGGAGAAGCCAUAUGAGUGCCUGGAGUGUGGAAAGACCUUCCGUUUACAAGGAUCCCUCAGAUCACAUAAGAGAUCCCACACAGGGGAGAAACCCUAUGAGUGCACAGUGUGUGGGAAAUGCUUCAGUCAGGGACCUCACCUUACUGCUCACCAAAGGACCCAUUCUGGAGAGAAACCCUUUAAAUGCCAGGAGUGUGGGAAAGGCUUCAGCCAGAGCUCACACCUGAAAGUACACCAAAGCGUCCACACAGGCGAAAAGCGAUACAAAUGCUUGGAGUGUGGAAAGAGUUUCCGUAUCGCUACACACCUUAAAUCGCAUGAAAGAAUCCACUCAGGGGAGAAGCCAUAUAAAUGCUUGGAUUGUGGGAAAAGCUUCAAUCAGAGCUCAAGCCUUAAAACACAUAAAAGAAUCCACACAGGCGAGAGGCCAUAUAAAUGUAUGCAAUGCGGAAAGGAUUUUAGGAGCAGUUCAGAACUUAACAUACACAACAGAACUCACACAAGGGACAAGCCCUUUAAGUGCCUGCAGUGCGGAAAGAGCUUCUCUAGCUCACUGCUGAAUGCGCACCAAAGAAUCCACACAGGAGAAAAGCCUUACAAAUGCUUGGAGUGCGGAAGGAGUUUCCGUCUCAGUACAUUUCUUAAAUUGCAUGAAAGAACCCACACAGGGGAGAAGCCCUAUAAAUGCCUAGAUUGUGGGAAGAGCUUCAGUCAGAACUCAAGCCUUAAUAAACAUCGAAGAACACACACAAUGAAGAAACCAUUAAAUGCCUAUAGUGUGGAAAGAAAUUCUACACCAGCACAGAGUUCACAAGACAUUUUACAGUCCACACUGGAGAGUAAAAAAUAUAUAUGCAGGGACUGUGGGAAAGGAUUCAGCCGGCGAGACCGUUUGACAUACCAUCAAAGAACACACAAAGAGGAAGAAUUGCAGAAAUGAUCAGACUAAGGAUUUUUGAAAUACAAGCCUUAAAGCUGUCAAAUAAGUCACAGAGCCCCCAAAUUAUUUAAUGACUGAAUAGUUAAGAGGGGUUUUUCCCCCUCCUAGUUGGUUUUCAAGCCUUAAUAAACAGCCAGGAAUCGAAUAUGG